CAUUUCUCAUUUACAUUUCCUAAAUGUCCAAAACAGACAUAUGUAAUAAUUAAACCCUCUGAACACAGUAUUUGAAGAUAAGUGACGUGCAUUCAUCGCACAUAUAAAUGUCGAGGAUGCGGACGUUUGGACACGGCUAGCGCGCGCACAUUUGUGCUGCUUUUGUUUCACUGAUUUGUAAAAGAAAAUAUAUCAAGUUGUCAGGGCAAUAGUGUGAUAUCUUCAUUAUUGUACGACGCUUUACGGCUAUACAAGUAAUAGCAGAGAAAGAAGAGUCUCGUCAUCAACUGAGAGAAGAAGGAGAGUCGCGUCAUCAUUUCCGGGCCGUUACUAGCCGGUAGAGUGGAUUGGGACGCAGGAUCGCGGGGUACUGGGAGCGGAGUGGUGUCCGUGUCCAUACCGAGACUGCAGGACAAUAGCAUGGCCACCGGCAAGGGAACAAGCAAACCGUCGCUUUGGCAGAACGAACGGCUCCGGUUCAUCGUCUGUUUCUUCGGCGUGUUCGUCUGUUACUUUUACUAUGGGAUACUGCAGGAGACAAUCACGCGAGGGGAAUACAGUCACGCUGGGAAGAAAGAGAAGUUUCGUUACGCCACCACACUUGUCUUCAUCCAGUGCAUCAUAAAUGCUGCUUUCGCCAAAAUCUUAAUAUGGUGUUUUGAUGGCGCGAAGCAGGACCACACAAAAAGCUGGCUAUAUGGCGUGUGCUCUUUGUCUUACCUGGGCGCCAUGGUGUCCAGUAACUCUGCAUUGCAAUAUGUCAACUAUCCCACACAGGUGUUGGGAAAAUCCUGUAAACCAAUCCCAGUAAUGAUUCUGGGUGUCACAAUCCUAAGAAAAAAAUAUCCCAUGGCAAAAUAUGUGUGUGUGUUACUGAUCGUCACUGGGGUCGCCCUCUUCCUCUACAAACCCAACAAAGGCUCCACCACAUCAGAUGAGCACAUAUUUGGCUUUGGAGAAAUGCUGCUGCUGCUCUCUCUAACCCUGGAUGGGCUGACAGGUGUUUCUCAGGAUCACAUGAGGGCGCGUUAUCAGACGGGAGCCAAUCACAUGAUGUUAAAUGUCAACCUUUGGUCCACGCUGGUCCUAGGAAUGUCUGUGCUCUGGACGGGUGAAGUGUGGGAUUUUUUGACAUUUACUGAACGCUAUCCUAACAUCAUCAAUAAUAUCCUCCUGUUUGGUAUCACCAGCGCUCUUGGACAGACCUUCAUCUUUAUGACUGUGGUGUAUUUCGGACCACUCACCUGUUCCAUCAUCACGACGACUCGGAAAUUCUUCACCAUCCUGGGUUCCGUGCUGUUGUUUGGGAACGUCAUCAACACUAUGCAGUGGGUCGGGACAAUCCUUGUCUUCCUCGGACUCGGACUGGAUGCCAAAUUUGGAAAGACUCCUAAGAAGACGACGCACUAAAGAUUGUCUGUGUGCGGACUCCUACAGAAUUUAUCCUCUAAACACUUUACAGCACUAAUUCCAUCAGUGGUUUACUGCAGAUUUUACGUUUUAGCACUCAAAGUAUUGUUAUUAUACUCUGAACAUUUAAUUAUGGGAUAUAUUUGCCUUUCAUCUCUCCAAAUGGUAUCCAUGGUAACAGUAAAGGUGCAGACUACAGUGUAUCUGUGCCUGUUAAUAAUCUGUUAUGCUGAAAUUUUAAAGCAAAAUCAAAACGGAUAAAGGUUGGAUAAAGAUCCUAUUUAUAAACCGUAGUCUAAAAAGUGCUCACAGUUUGAUUGUACUUCCUGGAACACUCCCAGCGAGACAACCACUGAAUUUUUAUCUACCCAGAUUCAUACUUUUUUUUUUUUGACAUAUUUAAAUACACCUACAUGUCAGCCGAGAAAUGAGACAGGCGGGUUCUGCCCUAAUGUUAAGGCAGUGAAUCCUGUUUUAUUGUCAGUGCAUUCCCCAGGAAGUGUGUAUGUCUGCCUGUGCGUGCUGUUUACAUUGUGUAUGAAAUACACACAUAUCAUUUACAGAUGGUGGGAGGCUGUUUUUAUAAGUUCACAGACAGACCCACUUAGAUAUUUUUUGUCAAAACAUGAAUUUUCAUACUUAAUAAUGUCAUAUUUAUAUUCAAAUCCUGAGUAAUCUCAUGUGUCGUCUUGGAGGUCAGUAAAGAAGCAAAGUUUUUUUUUACACAAAAAAGAUAUAAUCUUCAUUGUAUUGUAUCCUUGGGUAAGAAUAAAAAUCAUAUUUUAUAGAUGAA